GAUUUGCGUUGCAGUUCGUGCUGUUUUUAAUAUAUAAUGUUCUUUGGGUCACAUAGCGACGUGUUGGCAUUUAUUUCCCGUGUAGUGGCUUAUCGCUUGUUAUUUGCUGCAACCUCAAAACGGAAAACUGCACUCGACGAGUAACAGUAACAUCACAUCGAAUCAAACGCUCGAAUCCAUUUGGACGCUCUCCGAUUGUCAUUUGAAGAACAGCCGUACAACACAGUCAUGGGCACCCGCAAGAAGGGUCUGGAAUUUGCCAAACAUAUUUCCGAGAUCAUUGCCAAAUCCACGGGAUUUGAGAGUCACUUGAAAAAGGUGAAGAUCAUCGGAGGCGGUGAUGGCACCUGUCAAGCGGAACUUAAAGUGGACUCCGAACACGUGAACCCCUUCGACGGUCUGCAUGGCGGUUACAUUGUCACCCUGGUGGACAUGAUAACCACAUAUGCCCUCAUGUCCAAGCCCUGCCAUCCGGGCGUCUCCGUGGACAUUAAUGUGAAUUAUCUGAACGGGGCUGGCCUGGGCGACGAGGUGCUAAUCGAGGCGAAUAUCUGCAAGAUUGGCAAGUACCUGGCCUUCAUCGAUUGCACGCUGCGCCACAAGAAGGAUAACACGCUGAUAGCCAAGGGCUCGCACAUGAAGUACGUAAAGACUAAGGAUUAAUGGGAUAUUAAUGUGCUUUAUUUUAUUACAUGUGUAGCAGUACAGUUACAUUUCAUUUGUUAGUUAAUUUUCAAUUAAAUUUGCUCUUUGCUCUUC